GUGCGCUGAUGGCGUCAUUUAUCGAAACGGCGAGGGCCUACCACGAGGACAUAGAGCAGUAUGAGGAUGCCUGCACCAAGAUUUUGAUGGAGGAGGCGAGAACGCACAGGGAGAACCUCGUCCAGUCGUUUCGGGUGAACGUGUUCGUGGAGAAGAUCUUGGAGCGCCACAGGAGGUUGGCGGAGAUUUACAGGGACGAGGAUGGGACGAUGAAGGAGGAGAUUGAGUCGAUAACUGGGGAUCCCAGCUCGACGCAGCUGUAUGCCCAGUUCUACAACAAGUUGCAGGAGGUGAAGGAGUAUCACAGGAGGUUUGUGAGGCUUGAGACGCAGCCUCACGAGGCGGUGCUGAUGACUAGCGAGAAGGCGGCGGAAGAGGCUAAGUGCAAGGCUCUAGCCCCUUUUAAUAAUGAGGAGGGGAGUGGUCGUUAUGUGGAUCUUCACGACGUGCACUUUAGGUUUUCGAACUUGGAUGGCGUGCGUGGGAGUGGAUACGCGAUUAACUAUAUGACGUAUUUGUCGCACUUGUCUGACCACGGGUUUGUGAGGGUACCGGCCGAGACGCGGCGGCGUCCAGAGUACUUGGAGUACCUUCGGAGCUUGUCUGGGUAUUUGGUGUCGUUUUUGGGUCGCGUCAACCCGUUGUUGGACCUGCAGUCGCGCCUGAAGGAGGCGCACGACCGCUUCGACCGGACUUGGCAGGACCGCUCGUUCAGGUUCAUGGGGAGUGACAUGACCGUGGGCGGCAAGGGAGCGCCGGAACAGGGGGCGCCGGUCGAGUCCGGGGACGAUCCGGACUGGGUGUUGCCGUGGAGGUUGGAUCUGGAGCGCAGCGCGACGCGCUAUUGUCCGUGUUGCCAGAAGCAGUUCGUCAAGGAGUCGGUGUGGAGGUCGCACUUGGGGAGUCCCAGGCAUCGCAGGAGCUACGAGAAGUACGUCGCGCACGUGAAGGAGGUGAGUUUGGUGGAGUCCGAGGUGUUCGAGGUGUCCGAGUUGCUGCAGGACGUGUUCGUGGCCACGAGGGAGAACAUCGAGAAGAAGCAGGCUCGCUUGCCCAGCGAGGCUGGCUCGUACAUGGACGAGGAGGACGACGCGGAUCCUGACCUAGACGACGUGGAGCAGGACCCCCAUCGAAUCAGGCUGACGAAGAAGAACUACCCAGUCGGACCCGACGGGAAUCCGCUGCCGUAUUGGCUGUACAAGCUCCAGGGGCUCUCGCACGAGUUCGUGUGCCAGAUAUGUGGCAACACCUCCUACUUCGGCCGGAGGGCGUUCGAGAGGCACUUCUCGGACUACCGACACACGUACGGGCUAAAGUGCCUCGGGCUGGAAAACUCGAAGGACAUGUUCGAGAUCACGCGCAUCAAGGACGCGCUGGAGCUGGGAAAGCGGCUGGACGUCCUGAAGCAGAAGAACAAGUGGAAUCCGGAGACGAUGGAGGAGUUCGAGGACGCGGACGGAACCAUCUUGGACAAGCAGACCUACGAGCUCUUGUCGAAGCAGUUCGGGCUGUCGUGAAAAAAAAAAGUUGUACCGGGGUGCGAACACUUCGGGCGCGCACUUUGCUUCUCCCCUUUUUGCUGCCGUGAAAAAAAAGUUGUACCGGGGUGCGAACACUUCGGGCGCGCACUUUGCUUCUCCCCUUUUUGCUGCCGUGAAAAAAAAGUUGUACCGGGGUGCGAACACUUCGAGCGCGCACUUUGCUUCUCCCCUUUUUGCUGCCGUGAAAAAAAAAGUUGUACCGGGGCGCGAACACUUCGAGCGCGCACUUUGCUUCUCCCCUUUUUGCUGCCGUGAAAAAAAAAGUUGUACCAGGGUGUGGAAACUUCGAGCGCGCACUUUGCUUCUCCCCUUUUUGCUGCCGUGAAAAAAAAAGUU